AUGGCGUCGAAAGAAAGACAAUAUAUCCAAGCUCGUUUUCCGCAAGUAGUAAGUACCGACAUAAGGUUUGAAAAAGUUCAAACGCAACCGGAUGAUAUGCCAACUCCAAACAAAUCAACGGAAUCCCAAGAAGUCAAUUUUAAUGCGCUUCUUCAAGCCAUUAAAUGUUGUAUAGUGGAACAGAAAAGCAUCCGAUUGACUGCCCAUGAACAUGACCUUGAUAAAAGUACUUUGCAGCGCUACGUAAAUAAAGUAAAAGCCAAUUAUGAGGAUAUUUUGACAGUUGAGAAGAAUGAAUUGAUGGAAUUCAUCCAAACGUGUAGCAGAAGAACUCCAUCAAAUAUGCAAAAAAAACUCGGCCUUAAAUGUCCGACCGUUUGGAAUGAGGAUUCAAAAGCCGGUCGUACAUGGUAUUAUCUUUUUAUGAAACGUCAUCCAGAACUGAAGCUUAGAACAGCAGAGCAAACAUCCAUUCAUCGGGUCAAAGCUUUCUGCAAAGAUAAUGUAGACAAGUUUUUUGAAAAUUUGGGCCGACUGCUGGAUGAAUUUCAUUUUGAUAGCACGUCUAUUUACAACAUGGAUGAGAGCGGUUUUUCUAAUGUUCCCACCAAAAUUGGCAAAGUUAUUGCCUUAAAAGGAAUGAAACGAAUUGGAAAAGUAGAGGCUGCCGAGCGUGAUACGAUGAUAACCCUGGCCCUUACGGUCAUUGCCAGUGGAAAUUCUAUCCCUCCGUUUUUCUUAUUCCCACGCAAGAAGAUGCAAACAUGCUUUUUAGAUAAUGUUUCGUGUGGAACUGCUGGUUUUGCGAAUGAUUCUAGCUGGAUGGCCCAGUCAAAGUUUUGUCAGUACAUUCGACAUUUUAUCAAGUUCGUCAAGCCAUCAACGGAUUCACCUGUGCUUUUGUUGCUAGACAACCACUCGUCUCAUUUAUCUGUGGAUGCAUUAGAUAUAGCGGUUAAGCAUGGAAUUCAUAUUCUUUCAUUUCCUCCACACUGCAGCCAUAAGUUGCAACCACUGGAUGUGUCAGUUUUUGGCCCUACCAAAGCUUAUUACAAGUCGCAGUGUUCUACAUGGCAAAAGAACAAUGCCAAUAAGGUUUUGGAAAUAAAGCAUAUUGCAGGUCUUGUUUGUGCAGCAUUAGAUUCGGCGUUGACAUCAAAAACGAUCAAAUCGGGUUUUGCUGCAACGGGAAUUUCUCCAUUCAAUCCCGAUAUUUUUUCUGAUGCUGACUUUGUUCAAGCCGUUCAGCAAAAUGCUGAGGAAGCGGCGAUUGAGGCUGAUCUUAACGAAAAUAACCAACGGCGGAUUAUUGUUGUUGAUCCACUAAAUGUUGUUUGUGAUGAAGCUAUUGUACCUGAAACAAUUGAACCAACAACAUCUCGAGGAGCAUUAACUAUGACACCGGGUCAAGCAUCGAUUUUAGAUGAAAUUGGUCCAUUGCAAGCAGCUACUCCAAAAAAGCCGUCAAAUCGUGGUCGAAAAGCAAUGAAGAGCUGCGAGCUAACCUCUCCUGAAAACAUUGCUGUUCUUAAAGAGAAAGCAGCAAAGAAGGCCGCAGAAGCAGCGAAGAAAGAAGCCACAGCAACAAGAAAAAAAAGAGCAACAACGGCGCCGAAGAAAACAACACAACCUGUUAAGCGUUUUAAAACACAAAUUUCACCGCGAUCGGCUGACGAAGACGAUGAUGAUGACGAUGCUGAUUUUUGCAUACUUUGUUUGAAGCUGUUGCCAAAGAAAUUAACCGCUUUCAAUUCCAUCCAAUGCAAUUCCUGCGAACGGCCUGUUCACUUAAAGUGUGCAAACAUGCGCACAAGCUUUUUACAUGCAUACAUUCUGACAGCGAUUUGGACGAAGAAGACUAAUGGUCUUUAA